CAAGAGCCAGCAGUUUAUAGCGCCAUGUUGAUUUCCUGAUCGUAUUCUGCUCAGCUUUUGUCAAGAUUUGAUUUUCAAACUAUGUUUUAACACAACACAUUGACAGUUCAUUGGUUGCUGUUGUUGGAGAAUAAUAAAUAGCGCGUUUAUACUUCGUUUACGACGCAAUAACAGAUCUGAUAAGCUGUACAGUGAGAGCUGCUGGAAUAUAAUAAAUAUACACAGCAUUUAGCACGAAUAUUUACCAUUACAGCAUAGCAGCGCUGGAUUAUUAUUUACUUUAUGAAUGGAAGGGUAAUUACGAAGAGAUGGCUUGGGUAAUGUACGAGUUUACAGUCGUUUAAAUACAAUAUAAAAAGGUCAGUGAGAUUGACAAAUUUUAUGAGAUUGCUGUCUCGAGUAUUGCCGUAGCCACAAAUUGUAAACGUUGUUGUCAUCUUUCUGUCUUUUACUAGCAGUUAUUGCGGAUACAUGCUGUCAAAUGUAUUACUAGUCUAAUUGAGUAAAUGUACAUUCGCUAUAUGUUUGCUUUAAGACUUAAUCUCCAUUCGUGAUACAUUCUUCAUAUAAACACUGUCCGUAUGAAAUAUUAGCUUGUGUGUAUUCGCUAUAAACCACCUGGAAUUAUACUACCGGUCUCUCGACAUUUUUGCUGUAUACAGCUUUGUGCAAAGCAUUCUACACGAUGUAUAAUAUUUUAUUCGCCUUAUAUUAGUUUCAAAUGUAGUACGUUAUAGAUCGGAAUGGAGCAAGUAUUAAGCAUAUCAACUCUGCAAUGCAAUGCUUGCAUAUGCAUGUAAUGAAAUUGAUUGUCGCUUCCGUUUUCUACUAGCUUGUGAAGUUCUUGUAAACCAACUGUUCAGAAGAGUUUCACAAAGCCGAAAUGCAAACACCAAGCGAAAUUCCAGGUGAGUUCUAGACUUUAAAAGUGUUACUAAAGAAUACAUGAUUUGCUAGGCUAACCACAUCAUAGUAAUUGCGCUUAAUGUGACUAUACUUUACUCGUUGAGGUAAAUUUUGCCUAGCUCUGCGGCUGCAUAUACCUCCUCCAGUGAUUUCUGCCGUGCAGGUGAUAAGGUUGUUAAACAAUCUCGUAUUUGAGUAAGCUUUCAACAGAAAUAUUACUGAAUUCUCUCUUGAAAGAAAGUAAGUAAUACAAUGUUUUUUUGACGUUCUAUAUUGGCCAAUUCUCGACGACAUUUUAUGACACUCAUCUGUCGUUUUGUCUUUCAAAAAUCACUAAAGGUUUCAAGUUGCGGCACUUGAUUUUCUUGAAAUAGCCGAACAAUCUGAGUUAUGUUUGCCAACAUCUUAUUGUGUUUUAAUUCAGUCGUUCUAAUUUCCGUAUCGAAACUUCUGAUUGCAGAACGAACGACAAUAUGGCCAGAAAUGUCGCAAUUUAAUAUACUUUCUGGAACUUUGUUUCCUUCGAAUGAUUUCAUUAUAAUUCAAAUGUCUCGGCAAUUUAUGCCGUUUAUAAAUACGCCUUUCACGCGAUUAUUUACAUCCAAGUCGUUCUUUCUUUGCUAAUUGUUGCAGUUUGCUUCAUUAGUUUAUGUAUAUAACAUUUAUAGACAUUUUUACGACCAGUGUUUUGUUGCCAAGUCACUAGCACUCGACGAUUUAUAUUGUGGAUCGAUUUAUGUUGUUGUUUGAUUUAUUCACAAUUUGUAGCUCAACGCAUAUCAUGCGUAUCUGGAAUAAUUAUUUAAACCCUGCUAAAAAACGGCUAUUUCUGUUGAUAAUCGUACCUUAAUCGUAAAUAUUCUAUACUUAAGAAAACUAGUACAAAAAUAUUUUACAAUAAUAUACAUAGAAAUUCGACUCCGUAAAAUUCAUGAUGUGUGUUGGGAAAGCUCCAUCUAUUAGUCUAUGUUAGACAUGAUAUGUUUUGCAACUUUGAAGUGGAUAUUAAAUCGAGUGACUGUAGUCUGGUGUCUGAUUAUUCUAGGUUUUUUUGCUAUGUUGUGAAAGUGUUGCCAAUGUAUGUUUUGGCAACUAUGCUGUAAUUGACAAAAGUGUGAUUCUUGGUGUAAAUUAAAUUUCCAGAUGUUAGCACUAUCUAUAUCUUGUGUGCAAAUCUAUACUGUAGCUUAGCAUUCCCAUUUGCAACAACAUGCAUUGAAUGUAUGCAUUGCACAUGCACAUGUUGACGUAUUGAUACAGUUUUUUCCAUUGUAAUAGUCUUCUAUGGUGAUUAUAUUUGAUCAAAUUCAGCUGUUUUAUUGGUAUUUUAUGCCCAUUAUAACAUUUUAAAGAUUGUUUAAUUGUACACACCUAUUUUACAAUCAACCAAAUUAGAUUCAUCUUUAAUUACCCUGGAAAUAGUAUUUGUACAUAUGUACAUGUCUCACUGCAUUAUUCCAUUGGUAGUUUAUAAUACAAGCUUUACCACUCUUCAUGAUAUUACUGUACCAUUUUGAAACUUUGUUUAAUAACUGAGUAUAUGGCAGCAUAUUUAUUCUUAGUGAUGGUGUUCACAUACAGUAAUGUUGUAAAUUAGGGUCAGAUACAGUAAUGUUGAAAUGUUUGAUCACCAACUGCCAAUAAACAGGAAAAGUAACAUGAGAUAUUCUUAUAAUAUUUAACAAUUGAGCACAGCUAAAAUGGAACGAUAUAAUAUCUUUUGUUAAUUUGACCUGAUCAAAUGUUUUCCAUGAAAAUAUCAAUAAGUUUAUCAAUCAUGUUAAUUAAGCAGGAAUAUUUAUGAAAUAUAUGUCCAUUACAGUGAAGAACUACGGCAUUAACAUGUUAGAUUGAGAUGGAGGGAGAAUAAAAUUUGGGUUGAAUGAAGAUUCUCUUAGAUUAAGUGUUGGGUAUAAAUAUACAUUAAACCAUGAGCACCAGUGCUCUCCCCUUUUGCAAGUAAAAUCAUCUAGCAUCUGACAGAGUAAAAUAUUAAAACUACCCAUCCAUGUCAUGACUGUAAUAAAUAUUCAUUAAAGGGAUAUGGAAAUAAAAAUUAAGUUUGUCUCAUUUGAUAGAACUUUUAAAAUAAUAUAUAAAACUGCUUACUGUAAAUGAUUUUUCAUAUUUUGCUUAGUUUUUGAAAUAUUUUGACAAUGCAUUUUUUGAAAAGGGACCUUUCUGUGAGAUAAUAUAUUACAGGGAGAUAGCAAUGUCUGAAGGCCAUGUGUGCGCCGAACAUACCAUGCACGCAUGAAUGAGGAGGGUGUACUCCCCCAAUUUUUAAAAUUUGAAGCACAGAAAUGCCAUUUCCUGCAUUCUGAGCAUCCAAAUGCGCUCCAAAAUGUAUACUAACUAUACUUGUAUUUGAAAUAAAAGAAGGAAAAAACCCACAAAAAGUAAAAAAAAAAUAUUAACCAUAAUUUAUCAUUACUUAUUAGAGGAGGAUCCCAAUGGUCACGUUUGUGGGGGUGUACUCCCCCAGAAAAUUUUUGAAAUUUGAAACACGGAAAUGCAAUUUCCUGCAUUCUGAGCAUCCAAAUUUGCUCUAAAAUUUAUGCUAACUAUACUUGUAUUUGAAAUAAAAGAAGGAAAAAAUGCACAAAAAGUAAAAAAGAAUAUUAAUUAACCGUAAUUUAUCAUUAUACUUAUCAGAGGGGGAUACCAAUGGCCGAAGGCCACGUGUGUGGGGGCAUAAUCUCCAGAAAAUUUUUCGAAUUUGAAACCUGGAAAUGCUCUUUCCUGCAUUCUGAGCAACCAAAAAAUAAAAAAAUUAUUAACAAUAAUUUAUCAUUACUUAGUGGUAGAAAAACGUAACAAUUUAGAUCGAUUUUGUUAAACAAGGACAAAAGACAAAGCCUAAAAUUUACUUUCCGUUUAUUUAUUUGUUAUUCUUCGCUGUUUUUUUGGUAUACAUUUAGGAAAAAGGGACUUUUCCUAGGGGGGGCAAAAUGUGAUUUCGUGGGGGGGGGGCACAGGGGGGGGGGGGGGGGGGGCAGCUUGUAUGUUAAAAAAGGCCCUGAACUGUUUGCCAUGAUCUUGGAUUAAUUUUUUACCUUUUUUACCAAAUAACAAUUAGUGGAUUCUUAAAACAAUUAAUAGAUUCUUAAAACAUUGCCAGACAAAUGGUUAUUUGAAAUAGUGACCAAAGUUUAUUUUUUGGCUCAUAAAGACCAUUGCAUACCUGGGUAAAAUAUUUGUGACAGUAAGGCUGUGUUCAGACUGGGUGCCUGUUGCUUGUUUUGACGCCUAGUUGGAACACAAUGCUUCCAAAUGAAAUUGGGGACAGUUCCCAAGAAAGGGCACUACUUCCAGAGGUAAUACUCGACAACAGCACUGUUCUCAACAUGUUUUGGGGACCAGUUUGAAUGCAGCCUAACAUAUUCAGGGUGCGAUAAUUCACAUACUUACGUACCAGAGGUACGCCAAUAUUACGGUCUGGUACUUCUUUGUUUUCAGCCAAGUACGAUGUAGAUAUGCAGAACUGUUGCUGUCUGCAUACUUAUUUUUUGCUGGUACCAUCAUAGUUAAUAGAAUAGAUGGUUUGGAAACUCAUUAGAAUGACUUGUUAUCUAUGUUAGUCAACGUUUAUUCAUAAAGAUAGUCCUUCACUGUCACGUGCAUGUGUAUUGUAGUUUUGCCAAAUCCAUGCACCAAUAGCAUUUUCCAAUUUACCCUAGCUAUUGUUUGAGCAUACCUAAUUUUAGUGUGCAGUGAUAACCAAUUUGUGCAGUGAUAAAAGUAAAAUGUGCAGUGAUAACUGCCACAUUAUCGAACGUCCACACUAAUAUUAUACUGAAGGUUCAUCAAAUGAACAAAGUCUCCUACCAAUUGAAUAUUGAAAGAUCUCUUUAUAUACUUAUGACCUUGCAAGAUGAAGUGAAUGAUACUUAUUUUGUAAUUAGUGUAUAAUCUUCAGAAUUAUAUAGAAUGUCCCUGCACAUUGCAGGAAAUGCCCUUUUAGAAAGCCUAGAUUAUACAAUCUUCUAUGGGUGCAUGCCCACAUGUCACGCCUAAGCCGCAUUUCAUUUGCCAGGACGGAACUAUUUCUUUCCUGCAAGCAUGCGAAUAUGAAACUAUGCUGUCAUAGAUAGUCGUGUAACUGCAGCUGCUGUCAAGGCUGUCCAGAGGGUGGAGGGGCAAUUUGCCAUGGGGCCCCAGAUAAAGGUGGCCCAAAUAAAGAAUAUUAAUGAAAUAUACAUAGAUAAAACUGUUAACAGACUUCCAGAAUGCAGGAUUUGGCCAUUUCUUGGACCUCAGACUUCAAACAUUUUGCGGGGAGAAUACUAAUCAUAGUGUUAGAAGAUGGAAUCACUGCACUAAAUGGGUUAAUCCUCUAAACUCCCAAUCCUCACAAUGAACUUUUAUGGGGGUCCAGGGAUAUGUUCCCCCAGGAAAAUUUUUAAAUUCUAGAGUUGGUAAAGUGCCAUUUUCAGGUUAUAUAUUUUAAUGUUUUUGGUGAUUUUAAAUAACCAUUUAACACAUAACAACUCUACUUAAUCCCAAACGAAUCCAGAACAUUUAAAACAUAAUAAGAUAUAAAAUAUCCAUUACAAGAAAUACAAUAUAAUUCACAUGCCAGCAUUUUCCCAAGGGCCCCCCAAUAUUUUGGCAAGGGGGGCCCAAUAUUUUGGUGGGGGGGGGGGCUGCCAUCCCCCUCUGGCUAUGUCACUGUGGGGGAUAUCACUAACUAUAAUACAAUAGAAUAUUUUCUUUUUUGGUCUCUUAUAAAAGCCUUUUCUAUAGUUGGAAACCUAAUUUUUCAAAAAAAUCUUUUUUUAAUAACUUUAUUCAAAAUGUCCAGAUUUUUAGAGAUCUAAUUCAAAAUAGACUAUAAUACCAGAAAUAUAUGUUUAAUUAAAAUUUGCUUUGUAAAUAUAAGCUUGGAAUAUUUUUAUUCUUCCAGGUCAAAAUUUGAUUCAAAGAUGUGUUAUUGUGCAGCGAGAUGAUAAGGGAUAUGGAUUGACAGUCACUGGUGAUAAUCCUGUUUAUGUGCAGUCUGUCAGGGACGGUAUGUUGAACUGAUUUUGAUUUAGUAUUUUAUACGACUAAUAAUACAGUACAAACUUUUAUAUAGGAUUCUCAAAUUCAUUAAUAAUUCAUGAGCAAUUCAGCCAAUGAUAAUCACCUAUUUGAUCACAAGAUGCCAUUUGGAUACUUGAUGAAAGUCACUAGCGUUUUCAUCAAAUAUCUUAAUUACGCAUGCAAAAUUACGUGAAUAGAAUUCGUAAUUACGUUAUGCUUGGUUAAGAAUUCUAUUCCAAUCAGCAAACGAAAACAUUCUGUUACGUCUCGAUUCAUUUGAGAAGCCAUAUAAACAACUCGAGCUCGUGUCUCACCAGGAUAUCGUUUUUGUGUCUCACCGGGAUAUCGUUUUUGUGUCUCACCGGGAUAGCGUUUUCUCGUGUUUGGAUAUCCCGGUGAAACACUUGCUCUCGUUGUUCAUAUAUUACAUAACAGUCAUCACAAUAAUUCCUGUCGAAUAAAGUUAAUGCAUAUUUUUGUAAACAUGCAGUUCUUUGAUUUGUAGCUGAUUAAAUGAUCUUUUACAGCGGAACUGUCUGUAAACAGCAUUUUUGCAUUUAAGUAAAUCUGACCACUGGCUUAUGAAAUGAUUAUUUAAUCUAAGCUAUAAAGCAUGUGAUCUGAUUUACUUCACACUGUAGUUGAAUAAAAUUUAAUCCUUUAUGGCCAGCAUAUUUAAUCACACUAUAUAUAAGACAUGUAAGUUGUUUUCAUCAACACCAUUGCAUUGUGGUUGAUUUUUAAACUCAGUGAGCUUUACACUACUGUAUGCUCAAUAUUUAACUGACAUGAAACACAGAUAAAAAUAUAGAUAGAUUAAGAUAAGAUAGCUUUAUUACAAUAUCAAACCCAAUUGUGGACAGUAUAUUCACCAUAGAGUACCAAAUGGUAACCUAGUAGUAGUAUACUGAUACAGUAUUUAAAUUCGGUACAAGUAAACAGUGGAAACGGGCUUAAAAACAAUAUACUGUACACUGUCUCUUUGUUUCUUGAGGUAUGGCAAAUAUCAUAAAAUGAUCAAUAAUCACAGACACAGGGGUUAAAAUGUUAAUAAGUUGACCUACGGUUGUAUAUACUGUAAAACGCUUAACUGCGUUUUUAACCACUUAAAGAGUGUAGUUAACUCUAAAAUACGCGUUUUUGAUUGGCUGACUUUCGCACUAACUGUUGCUAACUUUAACUACCUUUACAACUGGCCCCAGCUGUAAUUUUUCUUCUAUUAAACUUUCACCUUUUUCAUAAUAUUUUAUUUAGAUUUUAGUCUAGACUAUUAUAGACUAUUAUUAAAUUUCCGGGAUUAUACAAUUAAAGCUGCCCGACACGUUGCAAAUGUAAAGAAUUUUGUAGAAUUCUGGAAUUCUAAUAAUCUAAAUCAAACAAGUUGGCGAACGUUUCAUCGAUGUUGACCCUUGUCUUAUCUGUGUUCUGUUUUAUUUAUCCAAAUCCAUGUUUUGCCGACUGGGAUUCAAUAUUUUGCCGACUACCUUAUUACUGGGGUGCACCCCCACACACACACACACAUUUUAGCGCCGGCCCUGAAUGACAGGAAACAUGAUUCAUAUGCCUGAUGUACGACUGUAUGCCGAAAAUUGCUUAGACAGAUUUAGAUCGAGGACGCGGACGUCAAAGACGACGUGAAAAUGGCGUGUUGUGUCCAUGUAUGGAUAUGUCACGCCAUUUUCACGUCAUCUUUGACGUCCGCGUCCUCGAUCUAAAUCUGUCUAUUAAUUAGUGGUUGUAGUGACUCGGCAAAAUUUGCCUUCAUAACUCGGCAAAAUUUACUUACACCCCUCAUUCAAAGAGGUCUAGCGCUGCCCCUGCUGUCAUUAAGCCCUCAGUUACACAUUACCGGAUUACUCUGGCAGUGGAUUACUUUCCAUAUCAAAUACUCGUUUUGGUUACAUCUAAAAAUCACUCCGCUCUGGAAGUGAUAUGAGAAUUAAUCCGACACGUUACGAGCACUGCGUAACCAGGACGCUGUAAAACACGCCCUGUUUUAGAACGUCCUGGAACCUAUCGAAUCCGAUACGUUCGGCUUCGUUAAUCUACUUCCACAAAGCUUUUUCCUAUUCCAAGGAAUAUUAAAUCUAUUUUAUAAACAUUCACGGCCAGUGUUGUUAGUAUCCUGUUUAUAUAUUUGGGCGUUUUGGUUGGGAUUAUUGUCGGUAUCUGUUGUCGUGUUCAGCGACGCCGGAACUGGGGGGGGGGGGCAGGAGGGGCAGCCGCCCCCGUUGCCCUUUACCAGGAGGGGCAAGGGGGGCAAAGGUGCCCUUUCAAUUUAAAGAAUUGCCUUAGCGAAAUAGCAAAUUGUCAGAAAUGUUAGUGCAAUUCUUUUACGAAUUUGCUUCAGAAAACGCAAGAAAUGCAGUCAUCGAGCUUCAAGAAUAGCACAAUCGCCUGGCGGAGAACCCCCUCACACCCCUAUCAUCCAAUACAUAGAAAACAUGAUUAGGCGAAGUUCAACUCUUUGAGCGAUUCAUUCUUUGUAGCGAUCGAGCCUGAACUGAGACCAACCCAAAACGCUUUUGGUCCAUUCUAAAAAUAAAAUCCAAACAUCGAAAUAUUCCUGAAACUGUAUUCAUGGCAACUGGCCUCUGUGAACCCGCCGUCGUCGCAAACCUGAGAAAUUAUGCCGACACUCCAGAUAAGAUCGUUAAUUUAUUUAAUCGGUAUUUCGCAUCGGUUUUUAUCCCUCUCACAUACACGAUUUUGACCAGCGAAAGCUCUGACCGCAAUACAACAGGUGAUCCAAUUUUAUCGGAAGUGACGUUUACCACCACAGAAGUCUCGGAAAUACUAUGCAACCUUGACACUAGUAAGGCCACCGGACCUGAUGAAAGCCCUGCAACAAAUUUAAAAGGACAGCUCAUGAAAUCGCGCCAUCUCUUUGCGAAUUAUUCAAUAAAUCGCUAAGAUUGGGUGUCUUCCCGGCGGAUUGGAAGUCCGCUAAUGUGGUCCCAGUAUUCAAGAAAGGGAACAAUGAGCAUGUCGAGAACUAUAGACCAAUGUCGUUAUUAUCAAUGGUGUCAAAAGUGAUGGAACGUUGUCUCUUUAACUCAAUUAAAGAUUAUGUUAUUGGCUUAAUUUCUGAAUGCCAACAUGGUUUUAUCGCUGGUCGUUCGUGUGUGACACAGUUAGUUGAUGUGCUUGAUUAUAUUGGGGCCCAGCUCGAUAAUGGUGGCCAGGUCGACACAGUCUACCUUGACAUGUCGAAAGCUUUCGACAAAGUCAGUCACCCAAAGCUGCUUAAACGACUGCGUGAUCUAGGGUUUGGUGGGAGGUUGCUGAAUUGGUUUGAGUCUUAUUUACGCAACCGCCUUCAGAAAGUUACUGCUCUAGGCGUGUCAUCUCAGACACUGCAAGUCACCUCAGGCGUACCACAAGGUUCAAUUCUAGGACCAGUUUUGUUCCUCUUAUAUGUUAACACUCUACCUGACGCUGUGCAUUCAGCUGAAAUAGCAACAUUUGCGGAUGAUACGAAGAUCUAUAAAACCAUAAGAUCACCUGGAGGCACUCAACGCUGCAGAAAGACCUAA